AUGAACGCCACUCUAGCGUGUAACACAUAUAAUGCUCAUUCAGUGGCGGAUGGGGGCGAGGAGGGAGAUGUUACCACAGGUCGAGCUGAGUGGAACGUGCGACGGUUGUGCUGGGACGCUUCCAUCGCCGAGCGGACGUUCAGCCAGCUAUGCGAUAUAUGUCCCGUGGUUUCGAGUCGACUUCCGACAGAAUUAUGGGACCACAUAAUCGAUUUCAUUGCGGACGACGACAUCUACGAUAUGCGACGACUUGGUCAAGUGUGUCAUGGGUGGCAUGCCCAAUGUCGCUUUCGUAGUUAUGAGAGGCUGCGCAUGCGGCGCAUGGACAAGAAGGAGAUGUAUCACCUGAUGAGUACACUGUGCAAGCACCCCGAGCAAUGCGGUGCCGUCGAGACAGUCUUAUUCGAUUUUGAGUUGAGAUCGAUUGGCCUCCUUGGGUCGUUUGCUGUGCGCAUGGUGCAGAAGCUGCCCCGAGUCGAAUCCCUCAAACUCUGGCAUUGCACAUGGGAGACUGGGCAACUGCACGCGCAAGUCCUCCUCCAUGUCACUCUCACAUUCGGAUCCGUGACCAAGCUCGAGCUUUUCAACGUGACCUUCCCCUCUGCGGUGGUAUUUGGGCGACUUCUGCGUGCGCUGCCUCGCCUGGCCUCCCUCAAGUGCUGGUAUGUGCAAUUCAAGAAGGGCUGCCAUGUCGAGGGCGUGGUACGAGUGCCCCUGGGCUCCCUCCAACUCGACGUCGUUGAUCUGUACGACAGCGACGACGUAUUUGACCUCCUUGCGUCGAUCGGAGUUCACCUUCGGCAUCUAAUAUGCCAUGGACACCACCUGAGGAAGCAUUCAAAGCUGCUCGCUCUGUCCGCCAAAUCGCUCUUGUCUCUGGAGGUUCGGGACAUUCACGAAGUCCCCUCAAUCGAUCUCACGCCCGCUCUCAACUUGCGUGUUCUGUCUUUCAAUAACGACCUUGAAGACAUCGCCAAGGCAGCCAGUCUCCUGUCUCGCACAUCCUUGCCCAAGCUAGCUGAGGUCAUAAUUAAGUCCCGGCCCGCCACUCGGGGGAGACUCGUCUCCGUCCAGGAUACAUUGAAUAGCAUCGACGAUUGUGGCUUUCCACGGAUGGACCGCAUCCUCUCCGGCCGUCAAUUUCCUGCCCUCCGGAAAGUCACGCUUCUUCUUCGUUGCUUUGCCGAGGAUUCCAGCGAGGCGAUGGACGUUAUAUCUGAAGCUUCCUGGCGCACGCUGCUCUCAUCAAGGCUUCCAGCACUACAUGCGAGUGGUCGCCUCCUCUAA